AUGGCUGUCGAGAAUAGUAAGAAAGCGUCAUGCAAAGAGUUUUUUAGGGAUAAAGGAGUGCACUUUACGAGCGGAAUAAGGUACGGCACUGAUUGUCUGGUCUAUCUCGAUGAGCCAGGCCGUGUGCAUUCUUCUUUCACUGCCACUGCACAGGACUCCAUCGAAUUUAAAACGCUUUCUGCUCUUGUCAGAGUGUCUUCUUCCACCAAGAAAGACUUUGUCCUGUGCUCCUCCAAAGAGAAGAUUCUUUUUGCGCGUUUCAGUAGAUUUUUCCUGUAG